UUAAUUUUCUUUUUUAGGUGAAAACAAGAUGUCAAAUACGACUGAGGUUUCGGAUGACGGAGAGGCUAUAAACGAAGACUAUUAUGAAAACCCAGCUGUUGUGAUGCUAAUCAUUUUCUCCGUCAUCGGAGUUGCCGGCAACGCCCUUGUUUUAUAUGGUUUUUCUAUGUUAAAUCCAAAAAUGACUUCAACGAUAUUCAUAUUAACUUUGGCGGGAAUCGAUUUUACUUCCUGUCUGGUUACAAUUCCUGCCACAGCUGCUAUGGAGAUGGUUGCUUUUAGGGUGCCUUACGACCCUUUGUGUAAAGCCUAUCAUUUUCUGCUUACCUCAACUAUACCCUUUUCGGCGUUUCUGAUGGUAGCAAUUGCUGUGGAUCGUUAUUACUGCAUAUGUAAGCCUUUCAUCCAGAUUAUGACGAAGUUUAGAGCCAAAGUUAUAGUAUUUUCUCUAAGCAUUCUAGCCCUGAUUAUUGACUUCGUAAGUUGCUUGAAUUUUGGUUUGAUUGAACUAAAGGACAGAUAUCAUACAAAUCUGACACUUGAAAUACAAGCCAUUGCAGAAUUGCUUUCACCAGAUCACCCCGCGGUACUUGCGCUUCGAGAACUACAUUUGCAAAAUAAGGUUCUUUUUUGCGGAAACCCCCGGAUGUUAGGAGAAACAUUUUACACAGUGUAUAAUACAAUAUACGCAUCAAUUUACGCGACAUGCGGCAUUGUGGUAAUCAUCCUGUAUGUUGUUAUUUACCACUUCAUUCUUACUCACAGACAACGACGACUUAGAACCGAAUUUUUCCCCUCUUGCAUAUUCAGUAAAACACAACUUGGUGAAAGUGAAAAUACUGAUUUUAUUUACGUUAGUCAAGAAACGCAGAACACGCGUGUGACCGAGGAAACAACUGAAAAGGAUGCCAAUUUGAACAGUCCCAUGUUAAAACCAAAUAACGAAGGUUCGCAGGCUACAACGCCCAGUAAUGAAACUCCACCCAAGUCAAGAGCAAAGAAGAAGAAAAAUCACAGGAAAUCGGAUGCCACAUCUACUUUUCGACUAAACGAGCGUAUUCGUGUAAAUAACAUCAAGACAGCUCUGAUGCUGUCUGUUGUUGCUCUGGUAUUCAUUGCGGCGUUCCUACCAGCUUGGCUAAUACAGCUAAAGGUUGUACCGUUUAACACGAUUUUGUUCUACAUGUACUUUAUUUAUAACUUAGCAAAUCCUUUCAUCUAUGGUUUUAUGAACCCUGAUUUUCGUCAGAAAAUGGCUAUUGCUUGUACAAGAAUUAAAAAUCAGUUUAAAAAGUGAUUUCACAACAAUGGUGCUCAAGAUGUGUAUCACUUCAAUUAGCCAUCGCACACUCAAUAUGUUUUUUAAAAGACCAAUUUUUCUUCUUUGUUGUAACAAUUUUCAUGUAUAAUGCGUAUUUCUCAGAAUAUGGUUUAAAGUGCUAGUUUGAAUGAACGAUGUGGUUGAAAAAUAUAUUUAUACAAGAAAGUAACCAUUUAUCUUUUUAGCUCACCUGAGCUUUUCUGAUCACAUUUUGUCCGGCGUCCGUCUGUCUGUCUAGCUGUCCGUCUGUCUGUCUGUCUGCCCGUCUGUCUGUCUGUAAACUUUUCACAUUUUCGACUUCUUCUCAAGAACCGCUGGGCCAAUUUCAACCAAACUUGCCACAAAGCAUCCUUCGGUGAAGAGGAUUCAAGUUUGUUCAAAUGAAGGGCCAUGCCCUCAUUCAAGGGGAGAUAAUUGGCAAUUAAUGA